AUGGAAGAUGCCUUGGGCCGCCCUCAGCACGCCAAAGCUGGGGGAUCUCAUAAACCACUGGCCAAGGAGUCUAAAGAUGCCUACUUUCGCAACUUGUACACGAAAGCACCCGAUUUCAAAGCCAUCGCCCUCCUGGAUCCGGACUUUGCUACCGUGUUUGGACGCGACCUAAACUUCAACGACCCCAAAGCUGUCGCGAACAGACACAAUUACAUCCUGUGGCUGAAGGAUCUGCUGGACACGACAUCGUAUGAUGAGCCUGGCAGGAAAGUUGUUGGGCUGGAUAUCGGCACCGGGGCAAGCUGCAUAUACCCGCUGCUUGGAUGUGCCCAACGGCCGUGGUCGUUUGUCGCAACUGAUAUCGAUGAUAAAAGCUUGGAGUGGGCGAAAAAGAAUGUCAAGCUCAACGACUUGGACGGCCGGAUUCAGCUUAUUGGCCGCAAACCCGACGAUGCCCUCAUUCCGCUGGAAGAUCUCAAAAUGGAUUCCAUCGACUUCACCAUGACGAACCCCCCCUUUUACGAAUCCGAGGAAGCAAUGGUCAAGAGCGCACAGGAGAAAUCCCGCCCGCCCUUUACGGCCUGCACCGGCGCUAAAGUAGAGAUGGUGACGCAAGGCGGCGAGGUCGGCUUCAUCAACCGCAUCUUUGAAGAAUCUCUCGUUCUGCGCGAACGCGUCCAAUGGUACACAGCCAUGGUGGGCUUCCUAUCAAGUCUCACACGUAUCGUGGACAAGCUGCGGGAGCACAAAAUAGACAACUAUGCCAUCACCGAAUUUCACCAGGGCAACAAGACGAGGCGGUGGGCGAUUGCGUGGAGCUUCCGACCUCUACGGCCUGCGCAGAGUGUUGCGAGAGGGACCAAGGCGGCUUUAUCGAGGGGCAUCUUACCGGCCGUGACGGAGGUUUUGGCGUACAGGAUGCCGUUGGGAGGAAGCGUGGGUGGCUUUGCUGAGAACCUGAGCAACGCUAUUGCAGCGCUGGAUCUCAUCUCCUGGAACUGGGAUAAGGAGAAGCUCGAAGGGAUUGGAAGGGCCGUUGACAAAGUAUGGGGACGGCCGUGGCGGCGGCGAAAGAAGCGAGAGAUGGAGCUGGGGACAGAGACGGAGGAGAAAAGUAAAGCCACUGAGGAGCAGAUUUGCGCAUUUGGCUUCAAAGUUUCUGUGAGGGUAAGCAGAGAACACGUUUCAGUUGAAGCGCGGUGGGUGGAAGGGCAUGAUGAGACGGCACUGGAGAGUUUUAGGGGGUUCUUGAAGUCGGCGUCAGAGAAGGCUGCGGAGGAUGCGAAGAAGGGAGCUUAG